AUGGCAUCUCUAUUUAAUCAAUCAUCAACACAUGGUCAUCAUGAAAUUCUAGGAGUAUUUCUGGUGAAACUUAUUUUAAUUUGUUCGACAAUGCAUCUAAAAGAAGCCACCAGGAGAAUUAUAGGUCAGCUAGGAGAGGGGAAGUCGCAUGCUAAAGAUGCCCUUUAUAAUCUCAGGUACAAUUUGAAGUUAAAUAAUGAAGAAAAGGAAUGCAUCGAAAAGUUAAAGGGCUUAUUAAAGAAUGUUGACAUGAUGCUCGAUGAUUUUAAACUUCUACAUGAAGUAAAAUCGAAAAGCAAUAUGAUGUUCCAUCGCAAUAAUCAAGACCUAAAAGCAGCAAAGCUACAACUUAACGACACAGUCCUAGAUGGAGUGAAAAUAUACAAGCCUCCUAUAAAGAAGGCGCUGGAAGCAAUUGGCAAAUGGGGACUAUUUUGA